CAGUGUUUAAGAUGCAGAGCUCUUGGCCAAACAUCCUCCAGUAGUGAGUUUUGAGUUCUAACUCUGAAAUAACUCGAAAAAUAUUGUUUAAAAACUAGAAGAAGAGAAUGACUAAAGACGGUGAUAAAGGCGCAAAGUCUGCGCUCCGCAGUCAGAAGCAGUCCAGGACGCAGCAGCAGCAGCUUUUGGUCCACAAAAAGAAGAAGAAAGAUCUGUCCAGUGAAGAGGACACACAGUCCGGUCAGUGGGGGAGUAAAGCAGACAUGAAACCAGCCGGACCGCAGAGAAAGCAAGCGGGGAAACCCGCUGGAGUCCCCGCGGAGAGCCACCGGAGCCCCGCCGCGCAGAGGAAGCUGUCGGACGCCAGCAACGCCUCGGAGGACCUGAGCAAAGACUCCGGCUGCCCGUCCGGGAAGCAGUACUCCUCGGACAGCAGCUCGGAGAUCUCCGACUGCGCCUCGGAGGGCAACAAGCGCGACUCUCCGAGCAGCGAUAACGAGUUAAGCUGGAUCGACGGCAGAGCUUAUGAGAGCCCGGACAGCGGGGGGACGCGCCAGGACGCGCAGUGCUGCGCAAAACCAGAUACCUGCGCAAAAUCAGAUACCUGCGCGCUCCAGCCGGAUGCGGCGGCGGCUGCAGCAGGGCUCGGUUCGGGUAAAACCGCCUUCAUGGAUUUCCUGAUGGGGGAGACAAGCGAGGAGCUGCAGAGGGAGGUUGAAGACUUGAGGUCAGAGAACGAGUAUCUGAAAGAUGAGGUGGAGGAGCUUCGCUGUGAGAUGCUGGAGAUGCGCGACAUGUUCCAGGAGGAGGAGGUGUACCAGCUGCAGGAGCUGCGGCUGCAGCUGGAGCAGGCCAAGAAGACGUGUCGCAUCCUGCAGUAUCGCCUCCGCAAGGCCGAGCGGCGCAGCAUCCGGGUGGCUCAGACGGGGCAGGUGGACGGGGAGCUGGUCCGCAGCCUGGAGCACGACAUAAAGGUUGCGAAGAGCGUCUCCCUCCGCCUCUACAACGAGCUGGAGGCGGUGCAGAAGAAAAACUCCCAGCUGGAGUGGGAAAACGAGAUGCUGCGUGAGAAAACGCAGGCGCUGGAGGUCGCCAAGCAGGUCCUGCAGAGUGAGGUGGAGAAAGCCAGAGAGAACACGUUGAAAAGGAGAAGCAUCCGAUCAACGGUCAGCAAGGCAGAGAGGAGGCUUUCUCAGCAAAUUGAGGAGGACAGCACUGACCUGAAGUGCCAACUCCACUUUGCCAAAGAAGAGCUGGCUCUCAUGUGCAAGAAGCUGACCAAGCUGGUGUCAGACAGCGAGGCCAUGCGAGAGGAACUGGCCCGAUACCAGACGACGUACGGAGACGUAGACGUCCUCCUGCUGCCUGAUGGCAAGCAGAGCUCUGCCCAUGCCAGGGAAGCAGAGGUCAAAGUUCAUUUGAAACUAGUGGAAGAAGAGACCACGCUCCUGAGCCGCCGCAUCGUCGAGCUGGAGGUAGAGAACCGCGGCCUGCGAGCGGAGAUGUGUGACCUUAGGGAGAAAACAGGAGGAGGAGAAGAAGAUGCUGCUGAUGAGAAUCCAUCGCUGAUUGCAGCAAUUAAAGAUGGAGAAAUGAAGAACCAGAGAGAGAAGGCAGAGGAUAGACAAGGGGGAGAGUCGCUCUGCAGCCAAUCGCAGAUGGACAAGCAGAUCAGCGAAGGUUGGGAAGGUCCGGUGGGUGGAGAGCAGGAGCCUCCAUCCAGCCAGGAGAGAGAAGCUAACCAAACAACUAAUAUUACGCUUAAAGAGAUGGCCGCCAAAGACUACGAGUUUCUGCUUGCUCUCAGAGAUCAUGCCUGCAUUUUAUCGUCAGCCAUUCAGGUUCUGUCAGUGCCGCCCAGAAUGUCGUUUCCUCUCACAUCUCCGAUGAACAUGACCCCAACCGUCCAGGCACAGCGACCUCUAACGGAGACGCUGGAGCUCCUGCAGGCCAUGCUGCUGGCUUUCAUCGAGAAGAUGGAUGCCCUCCUCAGGGGCGACGAAAAGGGCCCUCAGAAGGAGGGAUUCGCUUGGGAUUUUUCCUCUUUUCUGUCUGCAAACUAUGAACGUCUGAAGGAGUUGCAUGUGGAAGAAGUCUGCAGCAUGCAGGCGAAACAGAAAACGAAGCAAGGGGAAGUCGUGGACGACCGGAAGGAUCCGAAGCUGCAACUGUCGUUGCAUACUCUGUGGAUCCUUCAUCAGUGGUGCAACGUCAGAGGAACCAAUCUGGAAGGAAAAGAGUCUAGAGAUAAAACCCUGUCUGCGCUGCUCGGGUUGCUGCAGGACCUCAGCGCCGAGCUUCGAGAUGACAGCAAGGCGAAGUCGUCUGCGUGUGAGGAGGCAGCCGAGCUUUCCGUUGGUGCCGUUUUCCACGAUGGGCAACACGUUGAAGAUCACAGGAUCUGCAGACUUCAACAGCUGUUUUCCCCACGCGGCCCACGAAGGAAGAACUGGUGCUACCUGAGCCAGGAGGCAGCCCAGUUGGACCGAGAGGAUCCGGUUAAGACGUGGGACCACCUAAUCAUGCCUCUCAGCUUCCCUGGUCUCAAUUUUGAGCAGAUGCUGGCGGAGCGCAGCCACACCGCCCCAGAGAAGACGACUUUCCGCAUCUACUACAGCCCCCCGUCGGCCCGCAGAGUCCAGCUGGCUCAGUUGAAGCAAAGCCCCGCUGCAAACCGGUCAUCCGUGGAAACCUCGUCUCCCUGGUGCACGCCGCCAACGUCCUUCUCUCAGCUCUGCCUGGGCUCCUCCGCUAACCUGAGCGACGACAUGAAGGAGAUGACGGCCGGCUGGAGGCAGAUGGUUCACGCCGGCACUCCGGAGAAGAAAGGGAGGCUCGCAGGCCGCUGGGUGGACGUAGCCUGCUCAGGUACACAGACCCACACGAAGCCGCUGAUGGUGAGCGUUGGCCAGCAGACGGAUGAGACUCAGGGGGUGAGAAGCGGUUCCUCGCUGGUUUCUGCUCGCUCCCAGCACAUCUCCACCUCGCUGGACGGGUUAGCAGGUCGAAGGAGCUCCACUUCCUCCCCCAAACCGUUCCGCAGACACUCCUCAUCUCCUUCCUCACCACCCAGUUUGAGCUCAUCUUCGUCAUUUUCCAGCUCCAGAGAUCGAGGGUCGUGGCACCCGUCGCAGCAGAACACAAACGGCCUCACCUGGACUCGGCAAACUGGUAUCAGAUCAAACCCAGCCCAGAACCUGAGCCCCUCCAAGCUGCCCACCAGAUCUACCAGCGCAAACCGGUGCGGCUUGGUGACCGAGUUCCUGCGCCGGGUGAGCGGCCGAGCAGACAAGGCCUCUGCGGGUUCGGGCCAGAAGGCGAAGAGCGGGCUGAAGAAACUGGAGAGGGCGCCAACCAGACCGCUGCAGAGGAACGACAGCGUGACCCGGAUCGUCAACCAGAGGUUCAUGAAGCAGAGAGAGAGGGAGGACAAGGGAGGCACCGUGAACCAGAGAGCCCGAAACAGUCAGAGCACGGCCGUAACAGAGGAUGGAAACUACGACUGCAGCUCCAGCAGCACUCUGACCUUCUGCUUCGCUCGUCCGUCUCGUCAGAAUCAGACGAUUCCCAAACUCCAGCGACACAGAUACGCAGCGCCAGCGGGGCCUGCUGCAGACUCCAGCUGUGGCUGAGAAGACAGAAAAAAUAUGGUGCUUUUAUAGAUUAGAAAAUGCCAGAGAUAAGAACAGCGUAGAAGGGUUUUCAUAGUUACUGUAAAACUGUUUUAAAAGGCAAAAUAAAUGUGUUUUGUGUGGAGUGUUUAGGAGAGCUCUGAGCAAACUCUGAAUGCUCAUCUCUUUUUAUAAGUGACUGUAUUAUUUACUUAGCUUUUAAUUCAUUUUUGUAUUUUCUAAAUCCCAUUCAAUAAAUUUUUGU